UCAAUUCUGUUAUGUCAAACUCAAACCAUAAAACCAAUAUUUGUAUUGGAAUAACAAAUAAGAUUAACUAUUGAUUUACUUAAGUAAAAUAAUUAACAAUGAAAUGAUGUCAAUAAUUGUAUCAGGAUAUUACUAUACAUAAGUAUCAGAAAGGAAAAAACAGCUUGUAGACGUAACAAAUUGGCUCAACUUACCGCUAACGUCAGGAACUAAAUUGACAGACAUUCGGUAAUUCUGUUUGAGUUAGUUUUGUAGUGUUCAUGUGUUCAUAUCGAUAUAGUUCUGCUGUUUUUAGUUUAUAAUUUGUCGUACGCCGUUCGCCUUGUGUUGUAUACAAUGGCGAAUAAUAACAUGGCAGUCACAAGCAAAUUUGCACUGCCUGUAAGCAGUGAAGAUAACAUGGAUGUACUGGGCAUGAUCUACAGAUUCUUUAAAAAGGUGUCGAUUGUCGGUGCUGUAUACUUAGUGGGAUAUAUGCAAUGGAGCGUGGCUUGGCUCAUCGGCCCCGUCGUGUUGUCCGUCAUCCGAGAUCAAUGGCGAAGAGAAAACGAAUACCGCCGCAACUUGGCCAAGGCCGCUGCCUCGUCCUCAGAAAAAGAUGUCGUUCUGGCACGACUUGACGAUCUUCCAGCCUGGGUUUUCUUCCCUGACAUAGAGCGUGCAGAAUGGUUAAACAGGAUAUUAUUACAAGUUUGGCCGAAUGUGAAUCACUAUGCCAGAACUAUAUUGAAGGAGUCUAUCGAGCCGGCGGUUGCUGAGAGCCUGGCUAAUUAUAAACUCAAUGGAUUCAGAUUUGAACGUAUGAUACUCGGCACAAUUGCACCUCGAGUUGGCGGUGUGAAAGUAUACGACAAAAAUCUAUCCAGAAAUGAAAUUAUUAUGGACAUCGACUUAUUUUACGCCGGCGACUGUGACAUAUCUUUCGUCCUGCAACGAAUUCGAGGUGGAAUAAAAGAUCUACAGAUUCAUGGCAUGGUGCGCGUUGUCAUGAAGCCUCUGAUCACCAAAAUGCCACUGGUGGGGGGCCUGCAAGUGUUCUUCCUCAACAACCCCUCGAUUGACUUCAACCUUGUCGGUGCUGCGGAUAUAUUGGACAUGCCUGGCUUUAGUGAUAUCUUGCGUCGUUGUAUCGUGGAGCAAGUGUCGAGGAUCAUGGUGCUGCCCAACAAGCUGCCGAUCAAAUUGAGCGAUGAAAUACCCACUGUGGACCUGCGCAUGCCUGAACCUGAGGGCGUACUUCGUAUUCAUCUCGUCCAAGCUCAAAACUUAAUGAAAAAAGAUGUUUCUAUGUUAGGAAAGGGUAAGUCGGAUCCUUACGCCAUUAUAACAGUUGGCGCGCAGCAAUGGAAGACGAAACACAUAGACAACGACGUCAACCCACAUUGGGACUUCUGGUGCGAGGCGAUAAUAAGCUCGCGGAAGAGCCAGGUGCUGCAGUGCGAGCUGUGGGACUGGGACCCGGGGAUGGGCAUACAGAACGAUGAUUAUCUCGGCAGGUGUUCAUUGGACAUUUCUCAAGUGGUGCGCGCCGGUCGCCUGGAUACGUGGCAAACUCUCCAGCAAGCAAAACAUGGGAAGGUGCACCUUCGUCUCUCAUGGCAUAGACUUUCUACAGACCUGACCGACCUUAGUCACGCAAUAACAGAGACACAAUUGGUGAAGACCGGUGAACUCAGUUCGGCUGUGUUAUCCGUGUAUAUUGAUUCUUGUAAGAAAUUGCCGAACGCAAGAACAGUUUCGCGACCCGACCCGUACCUAACGGUAACGGUGGGCAAAAAGACUGAGAACACGGCGGUGCAGAUGCGCACAGACGACCCAGUCUAUGAAAUCGGAUACUCCUUCCUCGUGCAGAACCCAGAAAUUGACCUCUUGGAAAUUAAAGCGUUAGAUCAGAAAACUGGCAGCAUCCUGGGACAACUGACGUACAGCAUUCGAGCCUUGCUAAAGGAAAAAGAUCUGUGUAUGCUGACACAGCCGAUAACGCUGCAGAAAUCCGGACCCGAGUCGAAAAUUAUACUCGCUCUACAGUUGAAGAUAUUAAAAGAAGCGAUAAAGGAGGAAGAUGUAGACACAGAGUCGGUGUCAGAUGUUCCUGUGGUACCGGAGCCUGUGGCGGUGUCGUCACCCCUGCCCCCCGCCCCGCAGCCCGCCCCGAGCGCCCCGCCCUCCGCACUGCCGGCCACGCCCCCGCCCACACCCGCAGUCAUGGACUCCACCGAUGCCGCACAACCACCUUUGAUAUUGAACGCGGAGUUGAAAAAAUUAGAGGACAAUUUGCAAGACAAUGCCUCAGACAAGUCUAUCCCAGUGGAACAUAUCGAGAGAGCUGUUGAUGUCCCACAAGAGGAAACGCCGUCUGGUAGAGAUUCACCGAAGCUGGUGCAUCGUACAUCAUCUAUAACUACGUCUGCGGGCGAGGCGGGGCUCGGCCGCAUCCUGCUCUCGCUGCGCUACAGCAUGCAGCAUCAGACACUUUACGUUGUCGUACAUAAAAUUAUGAACAUACCUCUCAAGGAUCCCACCAAUGUUCCCGAUCCUUAUGUCAAGUUAUAUUUGUUGCCCGGACGCUCCAAGGACUCGAAGCGCAAGACUGCGGUAGUAAAGGACAACUGUAUGCCGGAGUAUGACGAACAGUUUGAGUGGGUGAUAUCCCACGCGGAGCUGCACUCCAGGCAGAUUGAGGUCACUGUUGCCACACACAAAGGAUUCCUCGGGGGCAGCCCUAUCAUUGGACAGGUGAUUGUACAUCUCAACCAAUAUGAUUUCCGCGAAGCGAAAACUCUGUGGUUCGACCUCAUGCCUGAAAUACCUAGUGUUUAGAGCUUAUUUUUUUUUAUAUUACGCUAUAAUUUCACUAAGUUUUGUGCAAACUAAUGAUGCUUAUAGAAGAUAGAAUAAGUUAAACAUGUAUCAAUCGAAAUGCUUUUAAUUUUCAAACAAUAUAAGAAAGUUUACAUACAGUUCCAUCCAUUAAUUGAAUUCGUAAACAAAGCUGAAAGAAUAGUACAAUAUUCUGAUAAUCUCAUAACUUUAAAAUUCCUAUUAUGAUCUGUAUAAUUAAAAAAGGGAAUAAUUGCUAGCUUUUUAAAUGUGCUUUUAAUUUAUUUUUAGAGACACAAGUAACGUUUUCUAUAUGCAAUUUAUGUGAAUGCAAUUAUGUUUAAAAAUGUGUGAAGAUAACAAAAUAUUGUGUAUGUAAGUGACCUUUUAUUGUUGUGUUCGAAAAAAAUCUCAUCAUUUGAUUAUUUCAAUAGAUAUAUAUAUAUUCUAUAGUUUUGUUG